GAGCGCACCAGCCGCCGGGAGGCCGUCGCCGCUGGGCGGCGGCUUGCCGCAGCGGGAGGCGAGGGCAGCGCCGGCGGAGGCAGGCGCGGCGGCACGUCACAGGCAGGCGCCGCCCGGGGCGCGGGCAGGGGCCGCGGCGGCGGCGGGCGCGGCGCCCGCGCGGGCGAGGCGGGAGCGAGGCAGGCCGCGGCCGAAGGAGCGCCCGCGCAGAGG